GCGUAUAUGAUUAUAUUUGUAAAAAAAUGCAAAUAAAAAUUACAACAAAAAAAUAAAAAAACACUGAAACUUUAUUUAUUCAAAAUAAAUACAAGAAUUUGUCUGAGAUAGGCGUACGCCGCCAAGUGAGUGGGCUUGUGAGUACAAUUUGUUAAUCUCAAUUGUUCAUAACAAAAACAACUUUUUUGAGUUACCGAGCUUGCUAUUCUCUCCUUGUACUCUCUAACCUCUAUAUUAUCUUAAUAUAUAUAGGCAAGGAUUCACUGAUAAUUUGACUUGAUCCAAAAAUCCCCGUUCCAGUGAAAAAACUAUAGCUGUCUACGGAAUGCCACUGCUAAAGAAUAUUCAAAUACCUAUCAAUGCACAGGUUGUAAAGAAGACCUUAGAACUCCACAACAACACCUUAAAUCUUAUAACAACAGAAUACAGUCGUACCACAAAAUUACUUAGGAGCAGUGUGGAUUAUAGACAGAUGAAAAAACUGUUUACUUUCCCCCUUCAUAGGUGAAUUUUAUAUAGAAUAAAAAUGUAUAAACAGAACUUUAUCUUGAUUUUGACCGUUCAGCUUAUAUGGCAACUAUAUGCUAUAGUGGACCAAUACGGGCAGUUCCGACAAAGGAGAUAAAUAUCUCAAAACCGAGGGACUAGUUCUUGUAUAUACAGACAGACGGACUUGUUUAAAUCGACUCAGAUCAUCAUGCUGAUCAUUUACAUAGACCAUAUAUUUUAUAUGGCCUAUGACGUUUCCUUCUGGAAAACUUUAUGGCAAACUAAAUUUACCCUUUUCAGGGAAUAAAAAUAUAUGUAUAUUCAUAAACAGAAUAUAAAAUUAGUUACGGAACGAAAAGUUUUGUUUUUUAGAACUGAAAGACUUUUACGAAAAUAUAAAAGAAUAAAUAUCUGAUUAUUAAAAUUGUAAGUACCGCCUUAUUUUGCUUAGUUUAGAUAAUAUUAUUACAGGUAACCAUUGUAAUUGCCGUAACGUCCUUUAUGAAACUCGGUACUAACUUAAUUCUUAGAAAAUAGUUUUUGUAAUGACCUGAAGUUUGUUAUCAGGUAGUUAAGGCUCGCAUCCAAAAUCAAAAUCAGGUCAACGACGGAGCAAUCUUUAAACAAUUGUGAAAAAUGUAUAAAAACUUGUACAAGUUUAUCAUUUCAAACAUUCAGAAAAUAAUAUUUGAAACUGUUACAUGUCAAGUAUAAUAUAUUCCACUAGAGCUAAACAUAUUUUCUGCUUCUUAUUCACUGCUUGAGUAUUCACAAUAUAUGAACCGCAGCCAACUUUUCAACAAACGCGAAUAGGGUUUUUUAUAUUUUUUCACACGGACUCAUAUUUGUUUCUUUUCCAACAAUUUGGGAAAUCGAAAUUUAUAAAACGCUGUUAAUUGACCAAGAGAAAAAGUUUUACACAGAAGGAAUAGCAUGGAUCUUAGUUUGGAUGAAAUAAUUAAAACCAAAAAAAUUGGUCUACCAUCAGUUGUGAAGAAAUUCAAUAAUACGGAAAAUCCUCGAAAAGGAUUGGCUUUGCGAAAAACGUUGAAUAAGCCUGCAUUCAAGCAGAGUGUAGUGACUGAUGCCCGAAAUAAAAUUAUACAGAAGAAUCGUGAAAAAAUACGGGAUGCGCGUGAUAAAUUGUCAGAAUUAACACGAGCUAGCGGUGAUGUACGCCAAAGAUUAUUGGCAAAAAAGUUAUCUGCUGGAGUUGGACUGAAAACACGAGGCGCAACAAAAAAGUUGUAUACAGCAGCGUAUCGAAAUGGUGUACUGAAAGCUAGACCAGGACUGAAAAGUACUCAACCAUAUAUAAGACAGCCUGCGCAUGUAUCAGCUCGAUUGCCAGAUUUAAUAAAUGUACCGCGCGGUUAUGUAGACUACGAUGAUAUGGAACGCAUGGAAGAAGAGGAAAUAGCUGCCGCCACAAGACUUAGCCGCACGGUCACAAAUGAUUUUGCCACAUUUGGCCAACGUGACGUUUCGCCAACACCGCCAAUAAGGCGCAUGAAUUCAUGGGUAGCAACAACUGAAGCUUUUGAUCCUUUUGAUGUUUAUAAACCUCGUGAGCGUCGCAUGUCACCAGACCUACCACCACCUCCACCCAAAGGCAUAUUAAGGCCCAGCACCCGACAAUUAAGUCCCGAUAUUUAUAAACGCCGCUAUGUGCCAGAGGCAUCAUCACAUCUCUCAUAUGAAAUGCGUUCCCGUUUGGAACGUGCUCCUGAUCCACAUGCAUCUAUGGGCAUCUUCUCUAACCCACUUAAAUCGUCAUCAUCAUCCUCCGGUUAUCGCAUUGUUGUUAGUAAUUUGCACAGCAGCGUAACUCAGUCAGAUAUUCAAGAAUUGUUCGAGGAUAUCGGUCCUUUAUAUGAUUCACGUUUGGUGCGUCCCGGCGUUGCAGAAGUGAUAUACAAAUCUCUUACGGAUGCAGAAAAAGCUGUGGAUACUUACCACAACCGACAAUUAGAUGGUCAACCUAUGAAAUGUCUUCUAGUGAACCCCCGCGCUUCAAACAAGCCCACCGCUCCAGCAAUUCCUACAAGUUCAAGUUCGCGCAGUUUUUCUGGGAAAACACCUUUGGAAAUUGACAUAGACGCUUUGCAUAAGGUGCUUUUCCGGCGCCAUUAACGCUAAGAUUUAAAAAUAUUAAUUUUCAGUAAAGUGGCAGACACGAAGCGUAUUUAUAACCAGCUUAUUAAGAAGAUAGCAAGCAGAACCUACAUGUCAAUAAAUACAUGUUAUUAAUGUAUCUUAAAUAAAUAUCAGUGUUCACAUAUGUAACACAUAAGGAAAUAUUUAAUACUGUAGACUUAUGCUUCUGCCGCUAGAAUUUCUGACGUACCAUUAUGAAUAAAUUCAAUGACGUACAACUUCAAAA